UGCUCGCAACCUCAGCAAUCAGCUGCGAAACAAUCACGAUAAUCAAUGUCAACACCACCCACACAACGGGAUUAAUAUUGACAGGCUCUUGUGAAUACUCAGAAGAAUAACACACUGGUAAUCUAACGCUACGUUCCUUCUCACAACACGCAGACCAGCAUGUCACAUCCAGCUGCUAGCGUUAAAUCCAUCUUCAGCGGCAAGGUCAACCUCGACUCCCUGGAAGACUUCGACCAGCUAGAGUACCCGUCCAAUCGCUCCUACAACCUUGAGUACGACAAGUCCAACUUUGACUACGAAGACGAUGCCUCGUCUAGGUUCAGCCAUGAUUCUAACUACAGUUUUGGCUCCAAAAACGGCUCGGCCAGAUUGUCGGAGGCAGGACCAGGGUCAAACCAUAUUUCGAGGCUCUCUUCUGGCUCGUUCAACAGCGAUAUCCACCAACGCUUGGACAGUGAAAGCUCCAGCAUGAUGGGCAACCCCGGACAGGAGUAUACUCCUUCGUUGUCGGAGCCCAUUUCCAGACCCCUUUCGAGAAAUUCCACCACCUCGUGCCUCUCGGUCACCGCCACCAAAGAUGGAAUUGAAGGCAAGAAGUUUCAUAGAAGCGGACCCAGUCCCUAUUCUGCCAAAAUCAUCGCCAACAUGAUGUGGAACCAACAACAGCAACAGCUCCAUGGCCAAGGCUCUCUUAGCCCAACUCUUUCCAAUACAGGUCCCAUUCCACCCUCGAAGUUGGCACAGCUCAACAGUGCAAAACCCCCUGAAUUCCCAUCUGCUCGCACCCCAACCAUCUCAUCUAAUAUCUCUGAGCAGAACUACAGCCAGAACUCAUUUAAAACUACGGAUGCUGAGUUUGAUGGUGAUGCGGGAUUUUCUAAAGAAAAGAGAGCCACUCUUUUUGAGAAAGACUUUGCCCAUGAUGGCAGCAUUCCUCCUCCAAUCACUCUAAACGAAAAAAUUGACAUGUUGAACACCGACACAUUGGAAAAGAGAUGA